CCCCGGUGCAGCAGCCUCGUUAUAAAUACAACGCAGAAGACAUGGAUCAGUUCAGUAAAGAAAAGCAAGAAUACAUGUGUGUGACAUUAGCGUUGUGUUGGUUAGAAACUUAAAGAGACAUGCAGUGUCUGUCUAGAUCACAGAAACAGAGCCAGGUUUACAUGGGAUCCCACUGACACAGGAAAGGUUUGCACUUUUCAGCCAGCUGAAGAUAACUACAAGUCAACAUGUCUCAUCGAGGGCCUUUAACUGCUGUUAUAACUACAGUAUUAGGGGCAACCUUAGGAGGACUGCUCAUAUGGCAUGUUUACAGAACGAAAGGGAAGAGGCUGCCUUCCACUCAGAAGGUGGCUGAUCCUGUAGAAGAUCCAUGUCCUGUGGAAAAGGAGUUUACAGCCGUAGAGCAUCAAUACACCCAACCAUCACAUCUUCUGGAGAAAGAGGUCAAGGUUGUGGAGUGUCAGACCGCACAACUGCCCCCUUCUGUACAGAUACCAUCUUCUGAACAGCUGCUUGGGGUGAAACCAGUGAUGGUGAGCUCUGAAGAGGAAUGGCAGCAGCUGUGGCCACUGAUGCAAAAGGAGCUGUCGGUCUUCCCUGUGCUGGGGCUUGACUGUGAAUGGGUAAAGGCCAAAGGCGUGUCUGUGAAAGGCCGAACCUCUGCGGUCUCCCUGUUGCAGAUGGCCACGUAUUCAGGUCUUUGUGUCCUGGUGAGACUGUUGGCGUUUCGCAGCAGCCAGCAGCCAUUCCCUCUCAGUUUAAUGGAAGUCCUCAGAGACCCACACAUCUUGAAAGUUGGUGUCAGUUGCUAUGAAGAUGGCAAGCGUCUGACGCGUGACUACGGUCUGUCGCUGACAUGUACGGUUGACCUGCGUUACCUUGCCUUAAGACAAAGGCUAGCUACAGUGAAUAAUGGCCUGAGUCUGAAGUCUCUGGCAGCCGAUCUGUUGAAUAUAUCCUUAGACAAAUCUCUGGAGCUGCGCUGCAGUGACUGGGAGGCAGAUCAACUGACGCUGGAGCAGAUGACGUAUGCUGCCAGAGAUGCCCAAGUUUCCAUCGCCCUCUUCCUUCAUGUCCUUGGCCUCCGCUCUGAAGCCAAUUCUGCCUCCAGCGGGAGUUCCUACUCUGAGUUGGCUGCCCGCUGCCAGGGCCUGGUGGACAUGCCCUUCAGGGGCCGAGGAGAGGGCGAUGAUAGGGCCUCUGACGGAGAGCGGAGGCGGCGGAUGCGGAAACCCCCCAGUUAUGAAAGUCCGGAGUCUGGAGAUCAGCAAGUCCCAGACCCUCGAAAGAAUAACAAGAGGAAACCGCUGGGUGUAGGCUAUUCUGCCAGAAAGUCUCCCCUCUAUGAUAACUGCUUCCUCCAUGCCCCAGAUGGCCAGCCUCUGUGUACCUGCGACAAGAAGAAAGCCAAAUGGUACCUAGAUAAAGGAAUAGGAGUGCUCCAGAGUGAAGAUCCUUUUGUUGUGAGGCUGCUGUUUGAACCGUCAGGACGUCCCGACUCCCAGCAGGACUAUUAUCUCACUGCUAAGGAGAAUCUCUGUGUUGUCUGCGGCAAAGCAGAUUCCUACAUCAGGAAAAACAUUGUGCCACAUGAGUACAGACGGCAUUUUCCCAGUGAGAUGAAGGACCACAACUCCCAUGACAUCCUGCUGCUCUGCACCAGUUGCCACGCCGCCUCCAAUGUGCACGACAGCUUCUUGAAGCAGCAGCUAGCUGAAGAGUUCGUCGCCCCUCAGGGCUGCGAGGACGGAGUUCGCCUUCUGGAGGACUCGGACCGACGGCGGGUACGUUCGGCAGCUCGGGCUCUUCUCACCGCUGGGGAAGGACUGCCGGAGCAGCGACGAGAGGAGCUGCAGGCUUUGAUCAAGAGCUUCCUUAACAUGAACGAGGAGCAGGAGCUGACGGACGAGGCGCUGCAGCAGGCUGCAGGUUUGGAGACGAGGAUUUUCAACGAGGCGUACGUGCCUCACGGUCUGAAGGUGGUGCGAGCCCAUGCCGAGCAGGGCCUGCAGGGCCUGAUGGACCUGGAGCGUCGCUGGAGGCAGCACUUCCUUACCACCAUGCAGCCCAGCCACCUCCCUCCCCUCUGGUCCGUCGACCACAACCACAGCAAGUUCCUCCGCAAAUACGGAGAGGACCUGCCCAUCAAACUCAACUGACUGUCAGUCCCCACAAGGACCACAAGCAGGACCAGGACAGAAAGCUGACUUUUCUCAUCUGCCGGUCAAGGUGCCGGUUGGAUUUGAAACUUCCACAGUCACUGUCAGUUUUACAAGCCAAAUUGCUUCUCUUUUUUUAGUGAGCGGAUGAAUGAACUCCUCUACCAGCCGGGACCCAAAUGUUACCAGCAUGUAGCGGCUGUUACGUUACCAUUUACCACAAGGCCAUGAUGAGUGUGUGAGUGAAUACACUCGAUCUGCGAAGGACAUUGGACGACGUUUCACUCUUUGUGGUGACACAGGUGCUGGUAAGACGUUGCUAGGCUGCCACCUGGAUCCUGAAUUAAUUUGAUCAGAGACGAUAUCCAGCAUCGAAUCUGAAAAACACUAACUCCACAAUGCAAUGGUGGAUAUAUGACCACUUGUUUUAAUCAUGGUAAAAAAAUAUUGAAUUAUUUAUGAAAAAAGUUAAAAUAUUGACAUUUAAGAACUGAUUUGUAGGAAGAAGGUGCACCUGCUCUUAAUUUCCCCCUGAACACCCCCACUCCCCCCUUGCAGGCUAGCAGCUUUUACCUCAGUCAGUCUGAGAAUAAAUUACUUGCUUUGCAGAGAGAGGGUCAUUUUUAUAUGCCCUUUAAAUUUGGCACUCCCCACUGCUUUUGUUUUGUCUAUUGUCUGUUUUAAGUCAAUAGAUGAAGUAGGAGUUUCCCAGAAGCAUCUUGAAGUCAAAUUUCCUUAAACUUUGGUCUGGUGUCUUUGGGCCUGAAUGUAUUCCAUCUGUUUGUUUUUGCAGGGGAAGAUCAAUCCUAACCACAGUAAAGUUGGCUGGCUUAGUCAAUCAUUUUAAACUUCCAAUGUUCAUGUCCAGAUGCUGAUUCUCCCGACGGUUGGGACAACUCCAUGGCUCAUGUUUUAAUGUGCCUCUUAAUCCCCAAACCUGCCCGGAGACUUCACAGCAUCAGGACAUGACCUCCUUACUGUUUCACUAUGACGUCGUUUUACAGAAUUCAACCUACAGUCAAGAAAAGCUGCCAACUCUUGUGCUUUAGAAAAUUACCUUAAAACUAAACCCCCCUUUGCAAGGCAGAUUUAUCUUUUGAGCGUGAAUUUAUUUACAAUACAGCUGCUUUUGUCUUUUCGUAAUUUCUUGGAUGAAAGGCCUAAAGCUGCUUUUGUUUUCCUAAAUUGUGAAUGAUGCACAAAAUAAAAGUCAUGUUUAUAUACA